AUGGAGCAACCGUUGUUCCGCAACUCGUCCUCGGCGCGGACUGAGUUGUUUGCCAAGCUUAAACCAUGUUGCGUGGAGAUCAGCAAGCUUGUGAUGCGCCCAUCCGCGGCACCAUCGCAAGCCAACCAGUUGCUCCAGUUGACGGAUCGACUCUAUUCAAUUCUCAAUGGCCAGGUCAGCUAUGACGCCUCGGCUGUGGAUGGAAAGAUUGCAGAAUAUGUUUUCUUCCCACUUUCGUUCAUCUUCAAGAACAAGGAGGACCACUCCGCCCGAGUGCUUGAGAACUCCAUCAAGUGCCUGCGGGUACUGAUUCAGUAUGGCUGGCGAUCUACCAUCUCUACGAGUCUGGCUCAACAGCUACUCAUCCUUCUCACCUUCAUCAUCGCCGGUGUGCCUGGCCAGCAGAGAACUUCAACGCCGCCAGAAGAGACGGUCUUGGAAUGCUACAGGGCUCUUGCUGUCUUGAUCAGAGAGGCAUGUCUUUCAAGCUCCGUUUCGGAAUCCUUGGUUGACCCUAGUGGACUGCCAAGUCUAGGUCACACUGUGACCGUCAUUCUGGAUGGCGCUACAGAUGCAGCGACUGCAGAUAUCCAGCUCGCGGCACUUGAUGCCUUGAGGGCCCUGUUUGUCUCAAUGAAGGAUCGUGCUGCUCUUGCGUCCUUCCUCCCAGGCAGUGUGUCAGCUUUAUCUAAACUUCUCUCGCCACCUGCGUCACUCAAGCUUCAGAAACGUGUGCUUUGUUACGGACUAAGAGUUUUUGGCGACAUUCUAACCAGAGUCCUGGGUGACAUACAUAACAGGGAUGCGCUGAGACAGCUCACCUCCGAGAUAACGGGAGACGAAAAUGAGGAUGAGCUGCCUAGAAAGGAACUGUCCGCAUCUUGGUUAAAAGCUACAUCUGCUCAGGUCAGAAUGGCGCUUGCUAUGGUGCUCAAACUACGUUCUCACGAAUCGGAUGAUGUUCGCGAGGCCGUUGAGGGGCUUUCUCUAUCCCUCUUGGAUGAGUGUCAUGCAUCUUUGGCCGACUGCACAGUAUUUCUCGUCGAGACGGCCAUUGUUACCUGGAAAGAAGAAAAAGAUGCAACUGAGCUGUUGGGUGGUUCAAAGCAUGUCGCUUUCAACAUUCGUGACUCUGCGCUGCCAGAAAGCGUAGCGGUUCAAACUACCUUGCAGGAUCUGGCCAUGAUAUACCCAGAACUCCAAGAUGCUAUCAAGACCGUGGUCCAUAACAUGAUCACUAGCUUGCCCAGAAUCAUGCAAACUUCGGACGAGAGAACCAAGCAGCAGUGUAUAUCUGCACUCUCUCAGGGGCAGCGAAUAGUGAAAGCCCUGCACGUUGACUCGUCCCUCUUGCACGAAGCACUUUCCUCGGCUCUGAGAGACAGUGUUGUGGCUUUGAACUCAAUCAAGAAACAACUGAACGUUGUAACCGACGCUGAAUUCGAAGAGGAGAUGAGUGUCAACUCCACAGACUUGGUUGCACGACCCGGUGAAACGCGAACAUUCAAGCCCAUCCUGCUGGCCCAUGGCAGUCAAGCAGGUACACGCGAUGCUUUCCUGAGGAUGGUUGCUGGUAUUGGUUCACCAUCUCAGCAGGCAGAUCUGGCUAGCGACAUGGUCAGUUUAGCAAGGGAUCUGUCAGGAAUAGAUCAAGUCACAGCCUUAUGGCUAGCGUCUGAGCUGCUAAAAGUAGCACUAGCCAAGAACGAGCGGGACGAGCAGUUCUUUGAUUUUUCCGGCACAAUGUCAACAAAUGAGCCCAGCGAAGUCUUCCAAGAACUCUAUCAGUUCUCUGUUGUAAUACUGACAUCACAUACUGACAGUCUCGAGAUCGACUGGAGAAUGGAGGCCAUAGCUAUUGAGGUUACGACUUUUGCCGCUUCUCGGAUGGGGCCUUCAUUCAGGCCAGAGCUCAUCGAUACGCUUUACCCUAUAGCAACUUUCCUGGGCUCACAAAACACCCAGCUAAGGCUUCAUGCGAUGACAGCGCUUAGCUUGAUUGCUUUAAACUGUGGAUAUCGGGAUGUGUCCGAGUUGAUUGUUGAAAAUGCCGACUACAUGGUCAAUUCUGUAUCUCUCCGCCUAACUUCUAUGGAUGUAACCCCGGCAUCACUCAAAGUACUAAGGAUGAUGAUACGGCUGACGGGGCCGAAGCUGUUGCCUUUUCUGGACGACACAGUAGCCGCCAUUUUUGCAGCUCUUGAUAACUAUCAUGGCUAUCCUGCCUUCGUCGAGCAAUUGUUUUCUGUGCUCUCAGAGGUGGUGCAGCAGGGCGUCAAAUCCGAUGUGCUCCUGCUUGAAUCGAAGGAAUCCAAAACUCUUAAUCACAGAAAAAGACCAACGACAACGGCAACAAUCGACGAUAUUAAAUCUGAAGUGAAAGAGAGAGUUGCAAAGAAAAAGAAGAGAAGAAAGGAGGAAGAUGAGCUUCUUGGUGGCGCUAGAGUUAAACAUCCUCAAAAGCCUUGGACUUCCGAAGCAAAAGAACUUUUGGAUGAAAGGGAGAGGAAGAUGAAAGCCGAUGAUGGGGAGGGAGCAGAAGACAUAGGUUCUGGCGGUGAGAUCGAGAAACCAAAGCCGGUCCGUACACCCACAUAUGAACUACUAUCACGAGUUACGACCUUGACGCAAUAUUAUUUGACAUCACCCACUCCGACUUUGCGAAAAUCUUUACUGGAUCUUCUCUCUACAAUCACUUCGUCCAUGGCCCUGGAUGAGGAUGCAUUUCUGCCCAUGGUCAACUCUCUUUGGCCAGUCGUGAUAUCGCGCCUUCACGACGGGGAGCCAUUUGUUGUGGCUGCAGCUUGCAGAGCCAUCGCGGCGCUUGCACAAGGGGCAGGGGACUUUUUGGCCUCAAGGAUCAAGACCGAAUGGUGGGACUCGAUGUCCAGGUGGUGCCAAAAGGCAAAGCAAAAUGCCAAGACUGGGGUGACAGGAAGUGGUGGUAGAAGUGGCAAGGUCAACAAUUCCGUGCCUGUCCACCCUGGUCGAAAUGUGGGCAGACUUAACAUGGCCUUGGUUGGCAAUGAAGUCGUUCUACCACACCAUCCACAGGGUGGUGGUGCUGGUGGCAGACCUGGCACUGGCGGUGUUGACCUCGAGAAACACUCAACAGGCGGCCUGGGAAGGUUUGCCCAGGCAGCACAAGUAUGGGAGGCCACUGUCGAUAUGCUAGUUGCACUGGUCUCCUUUGUCAGGCUGGAUGACGAGGUGUUUGACCAAAUUUUAGGACUUCUCGCUGACGAGCUCGACGGCAAUUCAGCUGCCCGCGAAGCACUCGAGGUGGUGAAUGCGGAUGCGGUUUGGCUGGUCAGGUUUGAACGUGGCUCGUUGGCACGAGAUUUCAGUGUACCAGUCACGGACGGGAUCAGGUUUGCAACGUUGGCAUAG